AUGGUAUGCAAUUAUAUAGCUUCUCUUUUCCGCAGAAACUCUAUUUACGUUGCCACCAUCUUUGGUGGUGCCUUUGCCUUCCAAGCUUUCUUCAACUACGGUGUCACUAGUUGGUACGAAAACCACAACAAGGGUAAGUUGUGGAAGGACGUUAAGGGUAAAUUUGUCGAAGGUGCAGACUCAGAAGAUGACGAAUAA